AUGUCUACCGCUUCUUGGACACGUCUUAUUCGCUUUGUCGAUGACAACGGCAACGAGACUUUUGGCGAGCCAAUCAUUCAGGAUGAAAAGGAAUUCUCCGAUCGUCUAGCCAAGAAUGAUCUUUGGGCUGUUGAGUACAAGGGCACAAGUCCUGUAGCUGAGCUCACCAAGGGCGAGAAGAUCCAUGUCAAGACUGUUCGGGAACUUCUCCGACCUUCCGAUGUGCCGAUUAUUCGAUGCAUUGGUCUUAACUACAUCAAGCACAUCAAGGAGGGUGGCCGAACACCGCCUCCAUACCCCUCAGUCUUCAUCAAGCCCGCGACUUGUGUCACUGGCUUCAACGAUGAUGUUCCUAUUCCCAAGAUUGCCCAGGACGGCACAGUAGACUACGAAGGAGAGCUGGGCAUUGUCAUUGGCAAGACUGGCAAGAACAUCCCCAAGGAGUCUGCCCUCUCCCACAUUGCUGGAUACGUCGUCUCCAACGAUGUCUCCGCCCGAGCAUGGCAGCGUGAUCCCAAGAAGGCCGGCGGUGUUCCCCAGUGGUGCUUCAGCAAGGGUUUCGACAAGUUCGCCCCUCUCGGCCCCCUUCUGGUCUCUCCUGCUGUUGUCGGAAACGCCUCCACCCUCAACUUGAGGACAACCGUCAACGGCGAGGAGAGGCAAAACUCCAGCACUGGCGAUCUUCUCUUUGGUGUUGAGGAGAUUGUCAGCUUCAUCAGCCAGGGAACUACCCUCGAGGCUGGUACCGUUGUUCUCACUGGCACACCAUCUGGAGUUGCCAUGGGUAUGAAGGAGCCCAAGUACCUUAACGACGGAGAUAUUGUGGAGGUUAGCAUUACUGGACUGGGGAGCGUCAGGAACAAGAUGGUUUUCGAGUAG